UGAUGAUGCCGUUGGUAGGAAGCUUGUCAGAUAAGCAUGGAAGAAAAAGUUUACUCACACUUCCAAUGGCACUCAACAUUCUGCCUCUUGUCUUUGAUGUAGAUGUUGAAUGUUCACUUUGAAGAAUCUCUGAAUAGUGCCAUCUGUCUCUUGAAAUCUCUCAACGGCAUGUACAACACAUUGGAUAAAUCAUACUCCAAAGCAUCCAUAUAUAAUCUGAAAAUCCGUGCAAGGUGUUUUUCAGACAUAGACUUCCACAAGCUUCCACAGCCAUGAUUUCAAUCACCAAAUACUUUAGAUGCACCAAGUCUAACAUCUAGAAAUCUUCAAACAAAACCAACAAACAAUUUCGUUUUGUACCUCACGAAUUUCUUUAUGAUAAAACAAAGAUUACCAGCUAUUUCAAAUAAACUGAAUUAACUUGAAAGUCAUUUCGUUUGACACUCAUCACUAAAGUAUUAAUAGAAACCUUUAUCUACAAGAAAACUUCAUUCCUAUUUCUGGUUAUAUCUUCUAUUCAUGUAAAAAACUGAUUUCCCUUUUAGUUCACUCUCAAUUUGAUCAUACAUCUUGAUAAACAAUAUGAAUGCACACACUUUUUGGUUCUUAGGCUCUCUCUAUUAUAGCAGUAGCAACUCCCUCAACAUCUUUUCAAAUCAGAUCCCAAGAUUUGAUGUGAAGAUGUUCCCUUGCGUCUCAUUACACCUGAUGACCGCUUCAUCUUCAUACACACUCGUGUUGCGAUAGAAAUACAACAGAAUAAAUUUAACUAAUUUCUUUCUGAACCUGAAGCAACGAACCUUACAUGUUUGUAAUUUUAUAAAAAGUUUCUGAAGUUGUGACUAACCGACUUCACCUAUCAAAAUCUCCAAAGGCUUUAAUAUUCCACCAUCAACUAUAAUCAGCAUGUUAAAUAGCACCAGAAAGUGAAAACCCGAUUAUUAUUCUAUAUCUUUGAGCCCAAUCACUGACACUAUUAAUCAUUCUCCAAGAAAUAUUUCUGAUGCACCCAUUUAUCACCCUUAUCUCCUCUCUUAAAAUAGUCUUGAACUUUGUAUCAGCAAGAAAAUAACUUUUCUUCGUUUACCCAAUUUCAUUUGCACCAAACUGUAAAACCGCAUCAACAACGUCAUGAAAACACAUAACACAAAAUCUCUUUGGUAUUAACUCGGUUGAAUCUCACAGCUAUGUGAGGUCUUCUUCUCUGCCAUGAUCUAACUCGCAUGUCUCUUCUUCUUAAGCAUAUACCCCAUGAUAAGCAAAUAUUCCAAAGAGAAUGUUUCACUAUCAGAUGAUUUACUUGUUCUAGACUACCAUGAACAUGAUCUCCGAAUGUAAGCUAAGUGAUCUCUAAGACUUCACUAAAAUAUAUGAAUUUCUUGUGGUUCCUUCACCAACAAUAUCUUUGAGACACUUGUUUUAAUUCCUUUGAUCCACAACUCCAUCUUCCUUCUCUGUUCCUUGAUUCUUCAUGGUUAAUCACAUAUGAAGGUUAUGUUAUGCUGACAUGUUUUUAUGCUCACAGACUAAACCGAAAUCAGAAAAUGGUUCCUUAUUAUGACUCUUAGCAAAAUCAUGAAGCUGAUAGAGAAACCUUUUGACCUUUGAAACUCAAACGUGCAUGUUUCUUCUGUCAUACUCCAGUUCGACUCUCUUACUCCGUGUUUUUGAGCAAUCCUUCGUUCUAAUCCACUUCACUUCUCCAUGCAAGCCACAAAUCCAUGAUCAUACCCGAGAUAAGAACAUAUUUCUAUCAAGAACCUGCUCUGAUACCAAUUGUAAGUGCAUAUUAUGGCUAGUACUAUGUGUUCGAGUGCAUAUAGAAUAUGUAUGAGCAUAAAGUAAAGAACACAUAGAGAUUUGAUAACAAGGCUCGUUUUCCACAAUUCGGGACCACGUCCAGAAACCAUUCACUAGAAAAAGCCGCAACCUACAAUUGCUAUACGGUGCCUACCACUCUUAUCUAGAUUACAAUUGUUAGAGCAACUACUACUCUUUUUUUUUAUGCAGAGCAUAGUUCUCUACAACUAAACCACCAACAGAUUUCACCAUCUAUCUGGUGGGACGACGCCACACACAUAUGUGUCUCUCUCAAGAAUACCCUAGGCACAUGCCUUUUUCAUUGACGGCCUCAUGGUAUUUAUCUGAUUGCUAAACCCUAAACUUAGGGUCUCCACACAAUCUUUCUUUUUUCUUCUCUUAAGAAUAAUAAAGUUCUUUCUUAUCUUAAAUAUAUUAUUUAAGAUGAUUACCCAACUAAGAAGCCACGUCUUAGCUUGUAUAAGUCGAGCCCUUGUUAUCCACUUAUAUACUUCAGCAGUCCUUUGACAGCUCAUCUUCGUGAACUACUUCUUGUACCACUUCUUAUACUACUCCGGGAUUAGCACAUGGAACAAUACAGACGUUUGAUACAUCUUCUGACAUGUAUCCUAUAUUAGCGUAUAGCAGAGAGACGUCUGUCUUCUACAUCUACUAUGUUCUCAAGACUUUCACGUCCAUAUUUUGUGAAGGAAGUGUGUUCUGUCUUGCCCUUGCUUAUGUGGCUGAUAAUGUAUCCGAAAAUCAACGAGCCUCUGCAUUUGGAAUACUUACCGGAAUUGGAUCUUGCGCAUUUGUAUGUGCAAAUUGUUGUGCUCGAUUCUUAUCCACCACCGCUAUAUUUCAGGUCGCGACAACGGUAGCAAUUUUUUCAACAGUGUACAUGAGAAUUUUUCUACCUGAUUCGAUCCGAGACAAUAGCUUGGUUACUUCCAUUGUUUCAACCGAGAAAUUGAGUUACGUGUUACUUGAAGAUUACCCUGGACAUAGAAAUCAAAUAUCUAGAACAGUACGUUCUGUACGUGAAAUGGCCUCUCUAAUGAGGAGCAGCGUUCCACUUUUUCAAGUUGCAAUGGUGUCAUUCUUCAGUAGUCUUAGUGAGGCCGGUCUACAUGCUUCAUCUAUGUACUAUCUAAAGGCCAAGUUUCAGUUUAACAAAGAUCAGUUUGCAGACUUGAUGAUCAUAUUUGGCAUUGCCGGGUCUGUUUCACAGUUGCUCUUCAUGCCCAUUUUAAUUCCUGCUUUAAAAGAGGAGAAACUGCUCUCAAUUGGUCUUUUUUUCGGAUGUGCGCAUAUGUUCCUCCUCGGUAUGGCAUGGUCCGCGUGGGUUCCAUAUAUGGCGGCCAUGUUUUCACUUGUCUCUAUAUUUCAUCAGUCAUGUAUGCGGAGCAUUGUCUCCAAACAAGUAACAUCAUAUGAACAGGGUAAGGCCCAAGGGAUUAUUUCAAGCAUAUGCUCUCUUGCAAACGUCAUUUCUCCGCUAGCAUUUUCACCUCUAACAGGCUGGUUUUUGUCUGAAAGAGCACCAUUUCAUUUCCCAGGGUUCAGUCUUAUGUGCGCGGGGUUUACUAUGACAAUAGCUUUUAUCUUAAGUCUGAUGAUCAGAGCAACAACUCCAGUGGCAGCUAUGGGAUCUCCAUAAUUCCAGUCAGCUUAAAACCAUGGUUUUAUAGCGAACCAUAAUGUACAAGUUCUAGAUACAUAAGUCAAUGUUUAUUUUUUGUGUUGUUGUUGUUUAAUAGCAUGUUUGUCUCGUCAUCAGCCCCUAGGACAUACACCAUAUAUUUCAAGGUUAAGGUUUAAGACUGUUUCUGUUCAUGUAUAGGUAGGUCUAAAGAAACACUAGUCUCAUAUUUGUAUUUAUAAAAUAUAAAGUGAAUAGGAAAAUU